GGACUUCACUGCGAUCCCACCCAGCUCGAUCCAGAAGUCGAUGGCCGGGUGCAGCAGCGACGCCGAUCUCUCGAAGACUCCCGCCGGCCGUCCGCCUCGGUUCCCUCCUUCUCCCACUCCCUACGGCACUUUUCUACCCCAGCAGCAAGUGCCGCUCCCGACGGCUCCUCUUCUUCCCAACCCUACAAAGCCGCCGCUGCAGUACCAACCGCCUCCGCAACCAGCCGACGGCUACCUCGCCAUUCCAGUUGGGUACCAAUCUCCGCCGUACUCCGCCGUUGUGGAUGGGAUCCCCAUGAACGCGAGGGUGCCUCCUCUCCCUUUCUGUGGCAUUGGUGUUGGUUGGGCCUUGUUUGUGGCAGGAUUUAUCUUCGCUUCAAUUCCAUGGUAUGUUGGAGCUUUCAUUCUGCUAUUUGUUGCUCAAGACUAUAGGGAGAAACCUGGACUCAUUGCAUGCUCAAUUGCUGCUGUUCUGGCAAUUCUAUCUCUGAUACUUAGUGCCUUCAACUUUCAUGUAUUCUGGUAAUCUCUACCACAUUUGUGCCUUAGUUUAAAAGUGCAGUGUCUUAUAUGUUAAUUAUAGAGUUUCUUAGAACAAACUGAAGGGAUUGUUAUAUUGAUCUUAUGCAUUAAGGGCACUGAAAUUACUCAGGUUGCAUUUAUGAGAACUGAUUUAAUGUUAGAACUGCUCAUUUCUUUCGAAUAUGAUUGUGAAUUCUGAUUUAGAUGGAGUUAAAUACAUGAAUUGCGAAA